AUGCCGCGCGCAGAGGUUGGGAGUACAAAGUUUAUCUCCAAUAAGUUGAAGUCGAAAGGGUUGCAGCGCUUACGUUGGUACUGUCAGGUUUGCCAAAGGCAGAUGCGCGAUGAGAACGGUUUCAAAUGCCACACUCAAUCCGAAUCACACGUCCGCCAGAUGCUCCUAGUGGGAGAGGAUCCGAAGAAGUACAUUCAGGGUUACUCAAAUGAUUUCCUCCGCGACUUUAUCCAGUUGUUGCGGACUUCGCAUGGCGAGAAACAGGUCCACAUCAACCAUUUCUAUCAAGAGUACAUCGCCAACAAGGAGCAUAUCCACAUGAACGCCACGAAGUGGUCGAGCCUGACGGAAUUUGCGAAAUAUUUGGGCCGGGAAGGGAUAUGUAGGGUUGAAGAGGGAGAGAAGGGCAUUUUCAUCUCGUGGAUCGAUAAUAGUCCCGAAGCACUGAGAAGGCAGGAUGCCAUUCGAAAACGUGAAAGGCAGGAUCGUGGGGAUGAGGAGCGAGAAAAGAAGCUGAUCGAGGAUCAGAUCAGAAGAGCUCAGCGGGAUAAAGACGCCACAGGCACUGGAGAUGGCGAUGCCCCGGAGGCGCCUAAGAAACUACAAAGGGUAGAAGGAGAGAAGAUUACGCUGAAUUUCGCCUCGAAGCUUACCCCCCAAGAGAACUCUGCUUUCUCUUCGGCUUCUGAGAAGCCGGAUCAACCUAAGAUGGACCAUGAGUCUGAAACAGAGAAAUCGGAAAUCACUUCCUCAGCGUCGACGCCAGCUCCAGCAGCUCAAACGCAAAAGGUGCCAAUCAAACUUGGACUUGGAAGUUCAGGUUCAAAGCCGAAGAACGUCUUUGCUUCGAUGUCCAAAAAGACUGCAGCUACCAAAAAAGCCGAUAUACCGCCUAGGCCACUAAGCGCUAUUGAACGAGUAAUGAAAGAGGACAUGGAACGAAAACGGGCAAGGGAAAACAGUGGUUUUAAGGGAUCUACGAUGAAGCGCCAAAAGAUAUCAUGA